AUAUAUAUAUAUAUAUAUAUAUAUAUAUAUAUAUAUAGAGAGAGAGAGAGAGAGAGAGAGAGAGAUGAGUUUCAGUGAGAAGCAAGAAGCAUUGGUGAAGGAAGCAUGGGAGAUAAUGAAGGAAGACAUUACUACUCUUAGUCUCUACUUCUUUACACAGGUACUGGAGAUAGCACCUGCUGCAAAGGGAUUGUUUUCAUUUCUGAAAGACGAAGAAGAAAUUCCCCAAGAUAACCCCAAGCUCAAGUCCCAUGCCGUUAAAGUUUUCAAGAUGACAUGCGAAGCAGCAAUUCAGUUGAGGGAGAAAGGAGAAGUUGUGGUUUCUGGUUCUACACUCAAAUAUUUGGGAUCUGUUCAUCUUCAGAAAGGAAUUGUUGAUGCUCACUUUGCGGUGGUGAAGGAGGGAGUGUUGAGAACAGUGGAGAAGGGAGUGGGGGAGAAAUGGAGUGAAGAGAUGAAGGGUGCGUGGUCCGAAGCUUAUGAUCAGUUGGCUGCUGCCAUUUUAUCUGAAAUGAGCAAAGAGGCUGCAGAAACUACUGAUGAACCCUAAAUUCAUUUUUUGUUUUAUAUCUUCUAGCUAAUGGUGUUUGGUCUAAUCAUAUCAAUCCACGUGAUAUAGAUUUUUUUUAAUGUUUUUGUCAUAAAAAUAAUAUGAAUUUGCAUUUGGUUGUAUCAAACUGAUAGCUAUCAAUAAUAAAAUAUGGCCUCUAUAGUCUAUAGUAUCAAAA